CAUUUCCUUUGCUUGACAUAAUAAGACUUGUAGACUUCUGAGCUUUGACAAAGACACUACAAAUGUUCAAUAAACUCAUUUCUUCAUCAUCACUUCAUCUCCUGCCUCCUGCAUUAGCCGUCUGGCUGUAAAAGAGACUUUAGCAAUCACAAAGAUGUUUGAUAUUCAAAGUAAAAUGUGAAGCAAGAAUAAAUAAAGGGAAAAUUCAGUGUGUAUUAAGAAGGUUGCUAAUAAUCUAAUAGUAGUUCUGUCCGAAUCUAUUAAAUUGUGUGAAAUACUGCUCUUUGGGAACCUGUUUUUUUUUCAAUUUUAUUAUUAUUUCAGGUUAUUGUAUAUUUGUCAGUUUCUUCAAUGACUCUGCAUUAUUUCACAGCAAUACAAAUGUGACUACUAUUAUUUCACAAUACCUUCAACCACCACUAGAGAGAAGCAUUUACUUGUGUAAGUCCUUCUGUUAAUGUUUUUAUCCAGUUUGUUAGUAAGAUUUGCCUUUAGGGCUCCUGCUGACUGAGAUUUUAGUGGCUUGUGCAGCUGAAUAUACACAGUUGCACAAAGCCUUUCCUUCACGCCCAGUUCCAUUUUAAGAUGGCAAAAGUGAAAAUAUUAUACAGAUUUCUCAUCUCACUACUAGAGACAGUUUAAAUGCAAGGAGAACUGAUGAGAACUAAUACAAAAGGCACAAUUUAACGGCCCGUAUCUCCUGUUAGAAUUGUGUUUUUCCUCUGAAAGCUCUUGAAAGCUUUGUCCUCAUUGCCCUUUUUGCUGUGAUCUCUCUUUCAUCCUCUCUCUCUCUCUCGCAUUGCAUUGCCAACCCAUUUCUGUAAUUCCUCCUACACUCCCGAGAACCCAUCCCAGCCUGGACUGGAAGGUAAUCGAUUCAUGCUGUCAGUAAAAAGCUCUGCGUCAGAGUCUCGCCGCCUGCUAUAAAAAGCCCUACCAGUGCCGCUACAUCCUCACAGACCUCUCUCCACAGCAGCAGCAGCAGCACUGCGGAAACCAUCUCUGUUCUCUUCUCUCUUCAACAACCAUGUGCUCAAUGAGUUACAAUCCUUAUCUUCCGUCUGUGCAGCGGAGGCGGGUGGUGGUGCGUAGCGGGACGCCCUUCAGCAGUCGCUCUCGAUCCGUCUACUCGACCUAUUCGUCCCCGUCCCGUGCGUCGGUUCUCUCCUCCUCUGCAGGUCUGCAGCGCUCUGCGGCAUCGGCAGAGCUGGACCUGAGCCAGGCCUCUCAGCUGAGCUCGGAGUUCAAAGUGGUGCGGAAGCAGGAGAGGGCCCAACUUCAGGACCUCAACGACCGCUUUGCCAGCUUCAUUGACCGUGUGCAUGGCCUGGAGCUCCAGAACCGUUCCCUGGAGUCAGAGCUGCUCCUGCUGCGCCAGAGGCACUGCGAACCCUCCCGUCUCAGGGGUCUGUACGAGCAAGAGGCGAGGGAACUCCGUGCGGCGGUAGACGAGGCCCGUAGGGAGCGCCAAGCGGCUCAAGAAAGGCGGGACCGACUGGAAGAGGCACUCAAGGCCUUGCAGAGUCGCUAUGAAGAAGAAGUCCUGGCCCGUGAGGAAGCUGAAGGCCGGCUGGUGGACGCCAGGAAGGGGGCGGACGAUGCGGCGUUGUCCCGGUCUGAGCUCGAAAAAAGAGCCGACACUCUACUGGAUGAGCUGGACUUCCUCAAAAGGCUCCAUGAAAACGAGAUUGCCGAGCUCCAAGCCCAGGUGCAGUACAGCGCCCAGGUGUCGGUGGAGAUGGAAGUGGCCAAACCGGACCUCUCUGUAGCUCUCCGAGACAUCCGAGGUCAGUAUGAGCGCCUGGCUCAGCAGAACAUCCAGGCUGCAGAGGAGUGGUUCCGUGGGAAGGUGAGCACCAUUACGGAGGACACGGCCAAACACACGGAGAACAUCCGCACCGCUAAAGACGAGGCCGGGGAGUACCGUCGCCUGCUGAAAGCUCGAGACCUGGAGAUCGAAGCAUGCCAGGGCCUCAACCAAGCUCUGGAGAGACAAUUGCAAGAGGUCGAGGAGAAACAGAGCGCAGAGAUCGCUGAUUUACAGGAUACCAUCGGUGACUUGGAGAAUGAGCUAAGGACCAUGAAGAGUGAAAUGGGCCGUUACCUAAAAGAAUAUCAGGACCUUCUCAAUGUGAAGAUGGCCUUGGACAUUGAGAUAGCUGCUUAUAGGAAACUUCUAGAAGGAGAAGAAACCCGCUUCAACGUGGGCGGUAUUGGUGGUAUCUCCGUGUUUUCUCUCCCCUCCAUCGCUGCCACUCCUUCUUUCGGCCGUCCAGUGUUCUCUGUGCAGGCCAGUCUGAGCUCUGGCGCCCCCUAUCUUCUGGGAAGCAGAUUGAUGAGCUACUCUGCCACUGCGGAUGAGAUUGUAGAAGCCAGUCAGGCGCAGGAGGCCGGGGCAAGUCCUGAGAAAGAAGAGGAGGAGGAGGAGGAGGAGAAGAAGGAGGUGGUGGAGGAAGAGGGUGAGAAGGAGGAGGAGGAGGAAGAAGAGGGUGAGAAGGAGGAGGAGGAAGAAGAAGAAGAAAAAGGUGAGAAGGAGGAAGAAGUAAAAGAGGAAGAGGAAAAAGAAGAGGGUGAAGAGGAAGAAGGUGAGGAUAAGGGAGAAACAGAAGAGGAGGAAGGAAAAGAGGAAGAAGGAGGAGAGGGUGAAGAAGGUGAUAAAGAAGAAGGUGAAGGUGAAGAGGAAGAGAAGGAUGAUGCUGGAAAAGAAGAUGAGAAAAAGAAAGGAGAUGACAAGAAAGAGAGUAAGGCUGAGAAAGAAAAGCCAAAAGAGAAGUAAACACACCUGACCAAACCCCCUGGUGCUAGCUGGAGGUGAUCAAACCUCGCGCGUUUAUCUCACACCUGCAGACGUCUCAACAACAAGUCCACUGUGUCCUGCUGCUCAAUUUCAAAUUCAGUUCCAAUUAAAAGCAAUGUGUGCAAACGAGAAUAAUAAAUGCAACGUAGAGAUCGCCUAAAGCCAAAGUAGCCUAUGCAUGAACACAUGCCUUACGUUUGCGCUUGGCAGGGAAGUUGUGAUUGCAGGUUCUUUGUGUUGGUUUAAUUGUUGUUUAUUUAUUAAAAUGCUAUUCUUUGAGCAUUGUGUCAGUUUGCCUUCAGCAUUAAUCACACUAUCAACUGCCUAUGAUAACACAAGUGUGCUUAGUAUUGAAAAUGCCUUAUACCAGAUCCUCAAAGAAAGGCUUAUUGCCUAUCAAUAAAAUCUUGACAAACCUCCUUAA